AAACGAACGGAGAAAGAAACAAAAGCGAUGCAAAAACCAGCACAGGCUGAAACUAAACGAUAAUUAAAACUGAGGAUGUUUGGGUUUGGUUUUUUUUGCCCAGUAGUGGCUGUGAAGAAAACCCAAUCGGAUCCAGAAAGGCACCUGCUGGGACUCUACCUUAAAAAGUGGGAGGACUAAAAUGUGUAAUCCUUAGGUGCUGAGUGCAGUCGGUAUGAAUGAGUGGCAAAAGAAAAGCCCUCUAGAUUGGGAGACCUAUGUGAACAAAAGGGUGAAAGUUGCAGCGGAUGAGAAAAAUGAAUACGAAGGAUGGGUCUUAACAGUUGAUCCAGUUUCUGCCAGUGUCGUCCUUGCAGACUUUGUGGAGAACGAGGCGGUGUCCAUUUGGGUUGUGUCAGGCCAUGCCGUGCAGGAGGUCAGCAUCGUGCAAGAUGCGGACGAUGAAACGAAGGCACGGCUUUCCCGUGUAUUUGAGCCUGAGGAAAGCAAAGCUUACAGCCCAGAAGAGCUCGACAAGAGGAAGAACGACUUGAAGAAGUGGCUGGAAACAAACCACAUCCCUGUAACAGAGCAAGGCGAAUCGGGAAGAACGCUGUGUGUGGCUGGGGUGCUGAGCAUCGACCCACCAUACAGCCCUGAGCAGUGCAGCAGCUCCAACCAGAUCAUUCUGUCUCGGGUUCAAGGCUUGGUGCAGAGCUACCUAGAGCAGCAGCAGUGACACCUGCCUAGUGCAGCUGCCUGCCCACCACACUGACUGCUAUGGGCACCUGUAGCAGCUCUACCCAGAAGUGCUGGGUAUAGGUGCCUCUGUCUGAUUUAAUGUGCUUUAAUGGGACUACAACAAGUGGUGUGAACAGAAAGCACAGAGCAUGCACUGUAUUGUUUAAUUAAAACAAGUGAAUAGCGCGUUAGA